AUGAAAUUGGAUAUUACCAAGACCUUUAGUCACCAUUGUGACCGUGUCAAGGGUAUAGACUUCCACCCAACAGAACCGUGGGUGUUGACAACGUUGUAUAACGGAAAGAUUGAGAUAUGGUCAUAUGCGACGAAUUCGCUUGUCAAAUCGAUCCAAGUAACCGAGUUACCAGUGCGUACCGGGAAAUUUAUAGCCCGCAAGAAUUGGAUAGUUGUCGGGUCCGACGAUUUCCAAAUCAGAGUAUACAACUACAACACGGGAGAGAAAAUUAUUCAAUUUGAGGCUCAUCCAGAUUAUAUCAGAGCAAUUGCUGUUCAUCCAACAAAGUCGUAUAUUUUAACUUCAAGUGAUGAUUUGACUGUUAAAUUGUGGAAUUGGGAUAACAACUGGAAAUUGGAACAGGUCUUUGAAGGACACCAACACUAUGUCAUGAGUGUUAAUUUCAAUCCCAAGGAUCCCAAUACAUUUGCUUCUGCUUGUUUAGAUAGAACAGUCAAGAUUUGGUCUUUGGGCAGUUCACGGCCUAAUUUCACUUUGGUUGCCCACGACACAAAAGGUGUCAAUUACGUCGACUACUACCCGCAAGCUGAUAAACCAUACUUGAUAACUUCGAGUGAUGAUAAGACUAUAAAAGUAUGGGAUUACCAAACUAAAUCAUGCGUUGCCACUUUGGAAGGACAUCUACUGAAUGUAUCGUUUGCUAUAUUCCAUCCAGAGUUGCCUAUUAUUGUUUCGGGUUCAGAAGAUGGUACAAUUAGAUACUGGAACUCAAACACUUUCAAGUUGGAGAAAUCGGUUAACUACAGUUUAGAAAGGGCUUGGUGUGUUGGAAUCUUGCCCAAAUCAAACGUUAUUGCUGCUGGGUUUGAUUCAGGAUUUGUUAUUAUAAAACUAGGCAAUGAAGAACCUUUAUUCUCCAUGGAUCUGAAUAACAAAUUGAUAUAUGCUAAAAACUCGGAGGUUUUCCAAACGAUAAUAAAGCCAAAUGCUACUCAAGGCUUGAAAGAUGGCGAAGCCUUAAAUUUGCAACAAAGGGAUUUGGGCAGUAUCGAAAUCUUUGCCCAAUCUCUUGAUCAUUCACCCAAUGGGAGAUAUGCAGCUGUAUGCGGUGAUGGCGAAUACAUUGUUUAUAGUGCGCUAGGCUGGAGAUCGAAAUCAUACGGUAAGGCACUCGACUUUGUAUGGAACAGCCAUGACAAUUCAGCAGCUUGUCCUUUUGCUAUUAGAGAAUCCCCCGUUAGUGUAAAAGUGUUUAAGAAUUUCCAAGAACAAAUGAUUAUUGAUUUGUCGUACCACGCCGAUAAAAUCUUUAGUGGCGCUUUAUUGGGUGUGAAAUCAGAAGGAUGUGUUUCUUUUUAUGAUUGGGAACUGGGCCGGUUAGUUAGAAGAGUGGAUAUAGAUGAUGAAGUAUCCGAUGUUAUUUGGUCAGAUAAUGGCGAGUUGCUUGCUAUUAUCACAACAACAACAACAACAACAUUGUCGUCAUCAUUAUCGACGAGUGAAAAAAUGAGCGCACCUUCUGUGCCUUCAAAGAAAGGAGACGAAACAUACUUUUUGAGCUAUAAUCAUGAAGUAUUUGAACAGGCCUUGAAGAAUGAUGAUCUCGACCCAGAAGAAGGUGCAGAAUUGGCGUUUGAUGUCUUGUAUACCUUGCCUACUUCAGAGUCCAUAUUAUCAGGGAAAUUCAUUGGUGAUGUAUUUGUUUUCACUACAGCAGCAACCAACAGAUUGAAUUACUUUGUUGGUGGAGAGGUUAUAAACUUGGGUCAUUUCGAUCGCAAAGUUUAUAUAAUUGGAUAUAAAGCACAAGAGGUGAGACUAUUACUUAUUGAUAAAUCAUUCAAUGUUAUCUCAUGGUAUCUCAAUGCCGAUUUAUUGGAAUUGCAAACUUUGGUAAUGAGAGGAGGUUUAGAACAAUUUGCAACUCAGAGUGUUGUAGAUGAAGAAACUGGAGAAACAGUUCCAGACUUGAGCAAUGUUUCAUUGGAAAACUUAUCCGAAGAGUACAACAAUUUAAUCAGCAAUUUUUCCAAAACUGAGUUGAACCAGUUAUCUAGAUUUUUUGAAAAAUUGGGAUACAUGGCGUUAUCAUUUCAAUUAUCUCAAGAUUUUGAUUCCAAAUUUCAAAUAUCCUUGAGCACGGGAGAUUUAAUGAAAGCUUAUGAAUUAUUAUCAAAUCAACAAAAGAAAGAUCCAACAACGGCUUCCAUGAAUAUUCAGAAAUGGAAAAAAUUGGGCGAUUUAGCAUUGAGUAAAUGGAACAUCAAAUUAGCACAGGAAUCAUUUUGGUUAGCUAAGGAUUAUUCGUCACUAUUGUUGUUAUUAUCUUCGUCACAAAAUAAAGAACAGUUGAUUAAAUUGGCCGAGGCGUGUGAGCAGAACGGUAAAUACAAUAUUGCAUGGCAAGCAUGGUGGCAAGUUGGUGAUGUUGAAAAAUGUUUGAAUUUGUUAAUCAAAAGUGAAAGGUAUACUGAAGCUAUUUUAUUUGGCACUAAUUAUGGUGUUGAUCAUGAAAAGUUGACCAAGUAUAUUAAGGAGUGGAAGGAGGUUUUAAAGAAUGACAAGAAUAAGAGUAAAAUAGCCGAGAGGUUGAUUGAUGAUUUUAGCAAAAUAAGCAUAAAUGGAAAAGAAGUUGACCCGCCCUUGAUUAAUUUUGAAGAAGGAGCAGAGGCAGAGGCAGAAGCAGAAGCAGAAGCAGAAGCAGAAGCAGAAGCAGAAGCAGAAGCAGAAGAAGAAGUAAAGGAGAAGGAACAAGAUGCUUUAGGUGAGAAGGAAACUGAGCAGAGGGAAAUCGAGACUGCGGAAUUUGAAGAAGAGAAUGAUGGUGCAGAACUAUUGCAUAAAGAAGAAUAA